GCGACGUUUCGCCAAAGGGCACAUUCGCGAUGCGAGCUACAAUGGGAUGGGAAGGAAUGACUGGCCAUCUCUACUUGAGUGGGACCCAUGAACAAUCAAAUGGAGAGUGCAAGAAAUACGUUUUUACGCAAGGCCGCAAGAUAAAGGCUGUGUAUGGAAAUUACUCGUCACUACUUGCACUGUGUGAUGGUUGGGACUUCGAGUGGCUGUCGACUGAGAUUCGUGGACUAACGAAGUCGCUGAACGACGUAAAAAUUCACCAAUUGGCCUUUGGGAAAUCGCACACAAUUGCGCUUAGCCUGGACGGCCAUCUCUUUGUUUGGGGCGACGCUCAGUACGGCCAGCUCGGACUUGGAGGGACAAUCACGACGAAGGAUCAUCCUUCGCGGCUUAGUCAACUCGACCAUAUUGUGUUUUCUUCAGUUGCAUGUGGGGGGUAUCAUACCGCUGCAUUGUCCAACUCGGGGGGUCUGUACACUUGGGGACGCAACUUUGAAGGCCAACUAGGGCAUUCCAGCGUCAUUGCGCCUGUAUGUGUCAACGAAAAGCUCAAUGGGGUGUUUCACCGCCCAAAGCACGUUGCAGCGUUCUUGAACGAGAAGUGCAAGCAAGUUGCCUGUGGCGAUAAGUUUACAGUCGUGUUGACGGUUCCUGGUGAGAUCUACUCGUUUGGGGAAGGUCAAUCGGGUCAAUUGGGCACAGGACGCUGCACCAAGGUAUUUCAACCAAAGUUGACGUUGGCAAGCGACGCCCCCGACGACAUUUUUGUCGAAAUUGCCUGUGGCUGGGCUCACACCCUAGCGAUAACUCGAGCUGGCCGACUGUUUUCCUGGGGGUUCAACCAAUAUGGUCAGCUGGGCGUCGGCGACACCAAGACACGCUUUCUCCCCCAGCAAGUCACCCCUUGCAUGCCCGUGAUGCACGUAUCUGCCGGUGGAAAUUACUCGGCCGCAAUUACACGGGAGGGCCGGCUCUUAACGUGGGGUAACGCUUGCCAUGGGAAACUUGCCCACGCGGCCAACGCCGACACGUCGCCCGUGCCAGCGCCAACCCUCGUCGAAAGCUUGAAGGACAUGUAUGUGCAAUCGGUGGCAUGCUCGUGGAACAAUAUCCUGAUAUUUGCUCCAACAUGGGUGUCGGGGGUGUAUCCACGUUGUGGGUCGUUGUCGGGGGGCGGCAAACUCCAUGUGUUUGGGUCCGGGUUUUGGGAAAGCGAUGACGUCACCGUGCGUUUUGCGCCUCUGACAGAAGGCAGGCUUCCUCGAGCGGCGUUGGGUACAUUUGAUCCCGAGACUGGCGUUGUGUCGUGUGUGCUGCCCAAAUUCAGCGUCACGGGGGAGUUUGCGGUUGAAGUUGCGAUGAAUGGAAAACAUUUCACGACCAAUGGAACGCCGUUUGAAGUUUUUGUGGCUCCUACGAUCACGCACAUUUCCCACCAAGAAAUUCGUUUUGACCAGACCCCUCCAGUCCACCUGACGUUGACUGGGGACAAGCCAAAGGCUCAUGACCGCCCAUUAAUCAAAUGGAUUCCGUUGAACCCCCAGUUUGCACCCAUCCAAGUGGCUGGCGCCUACGGCAGUGUGGAGGUGACCCCAUCUAAAGAAAAUCAAGAGGUCGACCCGAGUGACGACCAUAUCGCAAAGUUUAGCAUCGUAUUUGCCCCCCCAGCUUUCAAUCCUACCCCGUCGGAGCUUGUACCGUGCCACUUGCAAGUGUCGUUUAACGGACAAGAUUUUGACCUGGUCCAACUGCAAGGGGCUCCGUCACCUCAAAUCGUCUAUUUUCACAACGCCACGAUUACGCGCUGCACGCCGAAUUCGAUGCCGCUGAAUGACAAGGCACUCACUGUCGCCAUCCAUGUGAAUCAAAUGUUUGACAUUGGAGCGCUUGUGUGCAAAGCAACGUAUCGUGAACCCCACACCGAGAACGCGCCGUGGCAUCGCGUGGCCACGGCAAAUUUGUCGAUCCUGUCUGUGAAAUUGGACGACCAAAUCAUAGUGUGCACUGUGCCGGCAUGUUCUGAGUGGGCGGUUCACACUAUCGUUCCAGAAGGGGACCAGUCUGACUCCGAGGACAACACCUGCCAAAAAAUGGCUGAUGCCAACAGCAGCAGCACCCCGUCCACGUUUCCCUUCGACCUCGAGUCUUUCCAAGCACAAGUGCUCGUGUCAGUCAAUGGCGGCGCCACGUUCCUUCCUCCAAUCGGGGGGUCCAACGUUUUACAUGGCUACUCCCACGGCACCCUCACCGACGUCAGUCCAAGCAGCGGACCGAUCACAGGGGGGACGGUUGUGUCGAUGGGGGCUUCCCAUCUUGGCUUUGACACGGAUGAUGCGCUCGUGAGCGUAGAAUACGACGGGGACUUGCAAACCGUCCCUUCGUUUGUCCGCCAAGCAGUGGAGUCCGCCCAUAGCAUCGUGACUUUUCAAGUCCCGUCGUUCGUUCCAGUCGACCACGACGACAACAUUGCGACCGCCGUACAGCCUGCGAUGGCGUUCAAUCCCGCCACGAUUCGGCUCGCGCUCAGUGGCACCUCGUUUGGCGAAUCGACUGUGCCCUUUGAGUUUUACCGGAACCCGCAUAUCCGAUCCAUCGAGCCGCAACUGGCUGCCCCAGGAACGAUGCUGACGUUGACAGGGUCGUACUUGAAAUCUGCCCAGUGGAUGAAGUGCAAAGUGGAAAAGGCCGACGGGUCGUUUUCAGCGCAAGUGGAAGCGGAAUACCGCGAAGACAAAGCGGGGCCAUGCUACAAGGUGGAGCUGCAGCAGCUUGGCGCCAUCGCCGAUGGCGAGUUGCGGUUCUACGUGGCAUUGAAUGGCCAGCAAUAUGUGACCUCUGACUUCGCCAAGUUCAACUACGUCGAUCAACCGGAAGUUCCGCUCGGAAAGGACGACAAGCGCAAACAGCAUUAACGUCGUCGUCGGUAUCAGGAAAACGUACACCGCACUACGUACGAUAGGACUUGCAUUUCUAACCAGUUGACCACCACUUAUGAUUCGGUC